UUAGCAAGUCACUGCUUCUCUGUUUCUUUGAGGCUAAUUGAGUUGCAUGGCUUCUCCAAUUCAAUUCAACAUCCUCUUCUUCUUUUUCUUCUUCUUCUUCUUCUAUUGUGUUAAUGCUCAACCGCCAUCUCCGGGCUACUAUUUGAGCUCCAAGGUGCGAUCAUGGAGAUUCUACCAAGCCUACAGUACCCUUUGGGGCGCUGAGCACCAAUCGAUUUCGCACGAUCAAUCCAGUGUCACACUUUGGCUCGAUAGCAAUUCUGGGAGUGGAUUCAAGUCGAACCGGCCGUACCGGAAUGGCUACUUUGGUGCCUCAAUCAAGCUUCAAAGUGGCUACACCGCGGGUGUCAACACUGCGUUCUACCUAUCCAAUGACCAAGCUCACCCGGGACACCAUGACGAGGUGGACAUUGAGUUCCUUGGCACGACCCCUGGCAAGCCCUACACUCUGCAGACUAACGUCUAUGUGAGGGGCAGCGGAGAUGGCAGGAUCAUCGGGAGGGAGAUGAGGUUCCACCUCUGGUUCGACCCGACCACCGACUUCCACCACUAUGCCAUUCUUUGGAACCCUGAUGAAAUAGUAUUUUUUGUGGACGAUGUGCCAAUUCGGAGGUAUCAGAGGAAACUUGAGGCGAUGUUUCCCGACCGGCCGAUGUGGGUGUAUGCCUCAAUUUGGGAUGCAUCGUCGUGGGCAACGGAAAAUGGAAAGUACAAGGCCGACUACAGGUUCCAACCUUUUGUUUCGAGGUAUGCUGACUUCAAAAUAGGGGGGUGCUCGGCCUACGCAUCGCCAUCGUGCCGACCAAUCGCCUCUUCACCGAUGGGCUCGGGUCUAAGCCGACAGCAAUACGAGGCAAUGCAAUGGGUUCAAAGGAAUCACCUGGUUUAUUACUACUGCGAGGAUUACAGUCGAGAUCAUACUCUCACUCCCGAGUGUUGAAGCACAGUGGAUGUAUAAUUCAAACAUUUAAAGCAUUAGAAGUGAGUUGAAUGUUUAGUUUGUAAUCAUGUGAAAGGAAUAAUAGAGUGGGUUUUACUUUUUACAAUAUAAGAAGAAAUUUUCGUUUCA